AUGCUCCUCGCAAAUAUUAGCUUGCUUAAGAAAGAAGGAAGGAGGGAGGAGGAGGAGGAGGAGGAGGAGGAGGAGGAGACUACGACUUUAGUGCAUUGGCUUGCAAAGAAGAAAACAAGAAAAAAUCCAGAGGAGGAGGAAACUUCCAUUUCGCUCUCAUCGUUCUGCGUACUGUUCAUCAUCUUCUCCACUUCAGUCGAGGCGACUGCUUCAUUCGUUCAGCUCUCUCUCUCUCUCACUCUAAAAUCCUUACUGCGAGACCUUCAGCUCUCACUCUCACAGCGCUCUCUCUCUCGGGGGGCAACCCAGGACCAGUCGUCUCCGGCGUCCGUCCCUUCCUUCGACAUGCCCAAGUUCUUCAACCGCCCGAGUACCUUUAAUUCAGCUGAUUCUUCUAGUGAGGCUGUCAUCAGUUCGAGCCUUCACUCUAUUGAAGCUGCUGUCCCUCAAAUUAUGCAGGAGAAGCUUAUGAUAAUGGCUAUGCAAAAAGAAGAGGGCAGACGACUAGAGACUUCCCUUGCACAGAGCAUGGAGAAAAUUGUCAAGGCAAAUAGAGAUGCUUUGUGGGCUCGUUUUCAAGAAGAGAAUGUUAAAAACAAGAAGCUACUGCAGGAUCGGGUACAGCAGAUAAUGGCUAUGCAAAAAGAAGAGGGCAGAAGACUAGAGACUUCCCUUGCACAGAGCAUGGAGAAAAUUGUCAAGGCAAAUGGUGAUGCUUUGUGGGCUCGUUUUCAAGAAGAGACUGUUACAAACGAUAAGCUACUGCAGGUUCGGGUACAGCAGAGAAUAAAUCUUCUGGCCAAUUUCAUUAACAAGGACUUGCCUGCCACUAUAGAGAGAAUAGUGAAAAGGGAAGUUGCUGCAGUUCAAAUAGAUGUUCUUCGUGCCAUUACACCAGCUAUUGAGAAGACAAUAGUUUCAGCUAUUACAGAAUCCUUCCAGAAAGGGGUAGGUGAUAAGGCCAUCAAUCAGCUUGAGAAAUCCGUCAACUCUAAACUGGAAGCUUCUGUUGCUAGGGAAAUCGUAGCACAGUUCCAAACAUCUGGAAGGCGAGCCCUUCAGGAUGCUUUGAAGUCUAGUAUGGUAGCUUCCAUGGUCCCUCCCUUUGAGAAGUCAUGCAAAGCCAUGUUUGAGCAUUUUGAUGCUACGUUGCAGAGAGGAAUGACCGAACAUACUUCCGCAGCUAUGCAGCAUUUAGAGAAUGCUAACUCUCCGCUUACACAUGCUUUAAGGGAUGUGAUUAAUUCAGCUUCGUCAAUAACCCACACACUGAAUGGAGAACUGGCGGAAGCUCAGAGAAAGCUUAUAUGUCUUGCAGUUGGUGGAGCAAACCCAAGUGCCAUAACCCCAUUAGUUACCCAACCGAGCAAUGGGCCUUUGGGUAAACUACAUGAAAAGGUUGACAUUCCCAUUGAUCCAAGAAAAGCACUGUCAAGAUUAAUAUCCGAGCACGAGUAUGAGGAAGCAUUCACCUCAGCCCUGCUCCUGCAGAGAAGGGAUGUCUCAACUCUCUAUUGUCUCCUGGUUAUGCUCUCAGAAGCAGAAGAAAAACGAGCAAGGGAAGAGAAGAAGAUAAUGCACUACAGCAGCAAUCACAACAUACUGUUGGUUGGAGAAGGUGACUUCUCCUUUGCAACCUGCUUAGCUCAAGCUUUCGGCUCUGCUCCUAACAUUGUUGCCACUUCCCUAGAUUCCCGAGUGAGCUUGGAGCGGAAGUAUUCGAGAGCCAGCAUAAACUUAAAAGAGCUUGAGGAUCGGGGAUGUACGGUUCUACAUGGAGUGGAUGCCCACACAAUGAGCACACACCCGAGCCUCAUACUUAAGUCUUUCGACCGUAUCGUAUAUAAUUUUCCCCAUGCAGGUUUCUUCUACAAAGAGGAUGACCUUCAACAGAUUAGGAUUCACAAGGAACUUGUUAAAGGGUUCCUCAAGAGUGCAAGCUCGAUGCUGAGUUACAAUGGGCAAGUUCAUAUUACCCACAAGACAAACUAUCCUUUCAGCGCAUGGGACAUAGUCGGUCUGGCCGAGGAAGUUGGCUUGUACUUGCUUGAUGAAGACAACUUUAAGCCCUGGAUGUACCCGGGGUAUGUCAAUAAGAGAGGAGAUGGGCAUCGAAGUGAUGAAAGUUUUCUCGUUGGGUUGUGCAGUACAUAUAAGUUCACCAAACUUUGACGGGGUCUUCUAAUCAGUUAUUAGUGACUAGUGACAUAUAAUCGGCACAUAGCUUCUAUUGUAAUGUUUAUUGGCACAACUGGCAUAUUAGUCUUUUGUAAGCUGUCGGAAACAUUUCUAUGUUAUUCCUAAAAUGAAAUGUCUGUAUACAUAUAUAAAUAAGAUGCAAUACCUGCUCUAUGCGCA